AUGGCCAAACAGUACGACGUGCUGUUCCGGCUGCUGCUGCUGGGGGAUUCGGGCGUGGGCAAGACCUGUCUGCUCUGCCGCUUCACCGACAACCGCUUCCACCCCGCCCACAUCUCCACCAUCGGCGUCGACUUCAAGAUGAAGACCAUCGAGGUGGAUGGCAUCAAGGUGCGGAUACAGAUCUGGGACACGGCAGGACAGGAGAGGUACCAGACCAUCACCAAGCAGUACUACCGGCGGGCACAGGGCAUCUUCCUGGUGUACGACAUCGGCAGCGAGCGCUCCUACCAGCACAUCGUGAAGUGGGCCAGCGACGUGGAUGAGUACGCACCCGACGGCGUCCAGAAGAUCCUCAUUGGGAACAAAGCGGACGAGGAGCACAAGAGGCAAGUGCCCAAAGAACAAGGGCUGCAGCUGGCCAGAGAGUACGGGAUGGACUUCUACGAGACCAGUGCCUGCAGCAACCUCAACAUCAAGGAGUCCUUCACGCGGCUGACGGAGCUGGUGCUGCAGGCGCAUCGCAAGGAGCUGGAGGGGCUGCGGGCACCUCCCCGUGCCCCUGCCCUGCCUGGCCUGGAGGAGGACGAGCAGCAGCCCCCUGGGAGCCAGGACAGCCCCAAAACCUGCUGGUGUUGA